AUGCACCUCCAAGAGAUGGGAACGUUUUCGGGAUCAGGGUUUCCAGGGCCCGCCUCCUGGAUCCGGGGCCUGGGCUGCUCGUGGAGGCGCUCUGCCGCCGAAGGCCCAUGGUAUUCCAGGCCACCUGCAGCGGCGCGAGCACAGGCGUGCUUCGCCCUUCUCGGCCUGGGCUGGUCUCUGGAAGGGCGGCGCGAGGGCGCGAAGGUGCCCAGCUCUGCGGCCGUGGCUGACGUCCUGCUGCACUCUCCUGCUGCGUGGCCAACGUUUGCAGCCUCCCUGCGCCUCGCUGCACUCCGUCCGCUCGCGCGCGACGGCGACCCGCAGCGAGGUGCCCGGGUGAGCAGCCGCCUCCGCGGAGGCCGUGGGCGGGGCGCGAUGAGUGCAGUGAACGCCACGUCGUGUGAACUUCGAGCCCCUCCCAGGCCCGAGGCGCCGCGCGGGCCCGUCGGCCGAGGGCUUCUGCCGAAGCAUCGCAGCGCGGAGUCCAGAACGCAGCGGGAA